AUGGCAGAUUUUGUUGUGGGGAUUGGGCCCAAGUUGAGCGAGGCGUUCAGGUCAUAUCUUCGAAGCUGUCACAAAGAGCAAAAUGUUGUUGAUUUUACCCCAGGUGUUUUUGAUGAAUUUAAAAGUGUAAAACAAAGUCCUGAAGAAAGAAAACACUGCAGCGUCUUGGUGUUUGGCCGUGGAGACAAUGAAGACUUUGAAUUAAAAGGAUUUGAUAUCACCGCAAGAGCUGUUGCUUCACUGCCCGGCACUCGUCUUGUGUUUGUUGGGUCCCCAGAUGGGAAGCGUGAGGAAAUAAAAGAGAUGUUGACGAAAUGCGGUGUUCCUGCUAAAAGCUUGAGGGUGAGAGGUUUUGUUCAGAGCCGGGAUGAUUUGAAACGCUUGUUCCUUGAAGUUGACCUUGUACUUAUGCCUUCAAGAACGGAGGGAUUUGGGCUGACAGGACUUGAGGCCCUAUCAGCAGGUCUUCCUGUACUUGUCAGUAGCAACUCAGGUUUUGGUGAAGCACUGAGCAAGGUGCCAUUUGGCUCAUCAUCUGUGAUUGAUUCAGAGGAUCCUGAAGUGUGGGCUGCAGCAAUGAAAAAGGUAUGGGGCAAAGACAGAGAGGGGCGUUUGGAUGAGGCUGAAACCCUGCGCACCUCCUAUGACAGGAAAUACAGCUGGGCCAACCAGAGCAGAGAUCUUCUUGGCAAGAUGAUCAGCCUACUUAAUGGUAUGACAUUUAGCUACCUUGUGGUAGAAGUUGUUUAGUAGAUACAAUUACGAUCGAUUUUGUCAAUGAGAGUAUGAAUUAAGCCGUCAGAUAUCUUAUUUUUUACCGAAAAAAAUCACCAUUAAUUAUUAACUAUUUAUAUAAAUAGAUGACCCACGACCCAUGACCACCCAAGAAUCGACUGAACGUUUAAGGUAACGCUUAGUUGCUAGGCCUUAGUAUUUGGCUAACCCGUCUCAUACUUGGAUUGUAUGAAAUUUGGCAUCUUUGAGACCAAGAGAACUUUGUGUCUUUAUUAUAGGAGUAGGUAUUGUAUGAAGUUUGGCAUUAGAGGGACUAAAGGAACUGUCUGUAAUUGAGAGGUAUCCGGAAGGGGAGGUUUGACUGUAUAAGCUCUAGAAACCUUAGAAAAGAUAAGCAAUAACAAUUUUCUUUUCUGCUUUACUAAAGCCAUAAAAGUUGAUUACUUUAAUGUUAUGUUUGCAUUAACAGGUAACUCGGAUAUAAAUACCAGUCUUCAGGAACGAUUUGCAGGCGCCAGCCCUGGGGAGGCGUCUUUACAAGACGCGCGCACUCUGAAGUCUUUGAAGUUGGAUGACCAACACAAAGUGCAAGAAGGUUCAACAGAAGUGGAAGCUGAGAGGCAGAACUCUGCUGUCCAUCAAAUCAGUUAUGGUAAUAAGAAGAUUGUCCCUAUUUACAAUGAAAAGUGUAUGAAGUUUAACGGAACAACGCGCUUUUGGGUCCCAAUUCUAAACUGUUGUUUUUCGCAUGAUUUGUUACCUCAGUUUUAGGAGGAUCGAGACCCACCCGUGCAGCGCAGGAUACUGGUCACAGACAUAAGAAAGGCGUUAUUUUAGCUUUACCAUGUGGAGGAUAAUUUUCUUCGUUUUUCUUUUUUAUGCAGAGAUCGCCAACUGUGAAGCAGACAUCGCUUUCUUUUCCGGGCGUCAUCAUAAAGAUACUAGACAGUGGCUGUUUGACGAUUUUGACAAAUGGUUCAUUGAUCCUGGCGACUCCAGAGCUUACGUUCUCCUCGGUGAUGCAGGAGUCGGUAAGAGUGUGAUAGCAGGAGCUCUGGCGCAGCGUAUGAAGAAAGCUAGGCGUCUUGGUGCUGUCUACUUUUGCCGUCAUUAUGAUGGCACAAGAAAUGAUCCAAGAAAUCUUCUUGGUACUAUAGCCUGUCAACUCUGUAAUUGUAAUAGACAGUACAGUAAAAUAAUGGGAGGGGAGGAUGGUGUAAGAAUAAUGUUAGCUAAUUCUAAUUUAAGGGGUUCAGGAACUAUGUACUAA